UAAAAUACAAUAAAGGAGAAGCCGUUGAAAGUGAUGAGAGAGGAUCAAAAGAUUUUAAACCUAAUGGAUCAUCAAGGCAAGAACAACUUACAAAAGAAUCAUUAAAUGCCUUGAAUAAAGUUUUGAGUGAGGAGAGAAGUGGAUCAAGUCGGCAAUUUUGUAUUGCAACAUGGUACUCAGCUCCAACAAAUAAAGCACUAGUAACAACUAUUAAAGGAAAUCAUUUUCAUAAUAUGGGCCACUCCAUCUCAGGGCAACAAUGGUUACUUCCUGAAGAAACAUUAUUUUUGUUGGAAAGAGGAUCAUUAGUUGUUUAUUACAACAAUACACCUAUUUCAUUGCAACAGGCUUAUAAUUUAAUGAUUUGUGAUUGGUUAAGUUUUGAAAAGACAACAUCAUUAUCAUUAUUGGCAUCAAAGAAAAAAUCAAAGACAAAUAAUGAUCAAAAUAAAAGAAUAGUGGAAGAGGAAGGGGCAGGUGGAGGAAUUUUAUUGAAUACAAAUAAACAAAUGAUCAACAAUGCAAAUUUUACUCAAAGAUUUAGUAGAUUAUUCAUACAAGGAGCAGAUCUAUCAUUUGGAAAUACAUUAAAGAGAUUAUUUGGCUUCUUUGAUGAUAAAAAUAAGAUGGGGCCAAUAGUAAAAUCUAAAUCAUGUAGCAGUUAUGAUGAAGUUUUAAAAAAUUUGCAAAUAAUUGAAAGAUCCAAAGAUUUUGUUUUAAAUAUCAAAGAGGAAGAAGAAGAAUAUGACAUUGAUUUUUUUGUAUAUAAACAAUCAUUUAAAAAAAAAAGUCCUGGAAAACCAUUUUUUAAUCUAAUUGUUUCUUGUACUGAUUCAGAAAAACCUCCAAAUUUAAAAAACCUUGAAAAACUUUUCAACAAAAAUGAAAAUUCAAAUAUUGUAUUUGCAUUAGUUGAAGGUGGAAAUAUUUCAUUUGUAGAAGUUAGUGGAGAAGAAAAUGAUGAUAAAAUCACAUUAUAUCCAAAAAUAAAUUAUUAA